UUUCAGUUCUCUAUACGUUUGUGUUUAUUAUGUAAACACGUGAUAUACUUUUAUACAUUUAUAUGGUUAUGUGUGAAAUAAAAAAACGUUUAGCUACGAUGAUGCUAUACUAAAAAAGAUAGCUGGAAAAAUUUAAUACAUAUCGCAGGUCUUAUGUCACGUUGGUUGUAAGUUGUAUAUUAACUGUAUGUGACUAUGUGUGUCCGUCACACCGUGCACUGAGAUAAUAACAUUUUUUCAUUUCAGUUUCUUUUUCUUUUUUCAUUACACUUUUUUCCUGGAGGACUUAUAUUCAUACAUAUAUAAAUUUAAAAUCUGCUAAUGAUUACAAUAUAUUUAAUUACGUUUUGUUCUGUUUUCACGAAAAUAUUGUUCAUUUUCAUAAACAGGAUAGAGUUGGGAAUUUAUUUGUACCUACUUUUUGCCUAUUUUAUUUGCUUUGCACAAAUGAGUCCAACGUUUCUCUUUUCGUCUUGUCUUUCCUCUCCCAUCUAAAUCAAAACUGAUCAAUACUUUGAAAAGUUAAUUUAAAUCAUCAUCCAUCAAAGUUAUUAUAGGUUGUAGAAAUUUUAAGUUCUUUAGAGACAUCAAGUGAUUUUCAUCUACACUGCAUAUGCUUUUUGAAUCAAUUUCAAAGAUUUCUUUGUACUGUACUACUGUAGUCUGUUGUUUUUUUAAAAAAAGGAUUUUUUGUUUUUUGGAGAUUUGAAUAAUUCGGAGUAUGCGAAAUUCAUUAUUUUGGGUUGCUUAUUUAAUAACUUAUUAAUUCAUGACUGUGAUGUUUUAUUUUCUGCAAGACUCUUUUUUUUCUUGCUUUCAAUUAUGGGUCCUUAAUUUGUUUCCUACAAUCAUCAUCUCCAAUUCUUCGUCUUUCCUAUUAGCUUAUAUCGAUUCUUUUUGGUUUGCUUUCAGUCUCCAGUAUAAGAAAAGAUGUUCGAACCAAAUAUGUUGCUUGCGGCUAUGAACAACGCAGAUAGCAAUAAUCACAACUACAACCAUGAAGACAACAACAAUGAAGGGUUUCUUAGGGACGAUGAGUUCGACAGUGCGAAUACGAAAUCCGGAAGUGAGAAUCAAGAGGGAGGAUCAGGAAACGAUCAAGAUCCUCUUCAUCCGAACAAGAAGAAACGAUAUCAUCGACAUACCCAACUUCAGAUCCAGGAGAUGGAAGCAUUUUUCAAAGAGUGUCCUCACCCAGAUGACAAGCAAAGGAAACAACUAAGCCGUGAAUUGGGGUUGGAGCCUCUCCAGGUCAAAUUCUGGUUUCAAAACAAACGUACGCAAAUGAAGAAUCAUCACGAGCGGCAUGAGAACUCGCAUCUUCGGGCGGAGAACGAUAAGCUGCGAAACGACAACCUUAGAUAUCGAGAGGCUCUUGCAAAUGCUUCGUGUCCUAAUUGUGGUGGUCCGACGGCUAUCGGAGAAAUGUCUUUCGACGAACACCAACUCCGUCUGGAAAAUGCUCGAUUAAGGGAAGAGAUCGACCGUAUAUCCGCGAUUGCAGCCAAAUACGUAGGCAAGCCAGUCUCAAACUAUCCUCUAAUGUCUCCGCCUCCUCUUCCUCCACGUCCUCUAGAACUCGGCAUGGGAAAUCUUGGAGGAGAAGCUUAUGGAAACAAUCCAACCGAUCUCCUCAAGUCCAUCACUACACCAACCGAAGCUGAUAAACCGGUCAUCAUAGACUUAGCUGUGGCUGCAAUGGAAGAGCUCAUGAGGAUGGCUCAAGUGGACGAUUCAUUGUGGAAGAGUUUGGUUUUUGACGAUGAAGAGUAUGCUCGGACGUUUCCUAGAGGGAUCGGACCUAGACCUGCUGGAUUUAGAUCUGAAGCUUCGCGAGAAACCGCGGUUGUGAUCAUGAAUCAUGUUAACAUCGUUGAGAUUCUCAUGGAUGUGAAUCAAUGGUCAACGAUUUUCGCGGGGAUGGUAUCUAGAGCGAUGACAUUGGCGGUUUUAUCCACCGGAGUUGCAGGAAACUUUAAUGGAGCUCUUCAAGUGAUGACUGCAGAGUUUCAAGUUCCAUCUCCAUUAGUCCCGACCCGCGAAACCUAUUUUGCACGUUACUGUAAACAACAAGGAGAUGGUUCGUGGGCGGUUGUGGAUAUCUCUUUGGAUAGUCUCCAACCAAAUCCCCCGGCUAGAUGCUGGCGGCGAGCUUCUGGAUGUUUGAUUCAAGAAAUGCCAAAUGGAUAUUCUAAGGUGACUUGGGUGGAGCAUGUGGAAGUUGAUGACAGAGGAGUCCAUAGCUUAUACAAACACAUGGUUAGUACUGGUCAUGCCUUUGGUGCUAAACGCUGGGUUGCGAUUCUUGACCGCCAAUGCGAGCGGUUAGCUAGCGUCAUGGCUACAAACAUUUCCUCUGGAGAAGUUGGCGUGAUAACAAACCAAGAAGGGAGGAGGAGUAUGCUGAAAUUGGCGGAGCGGAUGGUUAUAAGCUUUUGUGCAGGAGUGAGUGCUUCAACAGCUCACACGUGGACUACAUUGUCCGGUACAGGAGCUGAAGAUGUUAGAGUGAUGACUAGGAAGAGUGUGGACGAUCCAGGAAGGCCUCCGGGUAUUGUUCUUAGUGCAGCCACUUCCUUUUGGAUCCCUGUUCCUCCAAAGAGAGUCUUUGAUUUCCUCAGAGAUGAGAAUUCAAGAAAUGAGUGGGAUAUUCUGUCUAAUGGAGGAGUUGUGCAAGAAAUGGCACAUAUUGCUAACGGGAGGGAUACCGGAAACUGUGUUUCUCUUCUUCGGGUAAAUAGUGCAAACUCUAGCCAGAGCAAUAUGCUGAUUCUACAAGAGAGCUGCACUGAUCCUACAGCUUCCUUUGUGAUCUAUGCUCCAGUCGAUAUUGUAGCAAUGAAUAUAGUGCUUAAUGGAGGUGAUCCGGACUAUGUGGCUCUGCUUCCAUCGGGUUUUGCUAUUCUUCCUGAUGGUAAUGCCAAUGGUGGAGGAGAUGGAGGGUCGCUCUUGACCGUGGCUUUUCAGAUUCUGGUUGACUCAGUUCCUACAGCUAAGCUAUCUCUUGGCUCUGUUGCAACUGUUAACAAUCUAAUAGCUUGCACUGUUGAGAGAAUCAAAGCUUCCAUGUCUUGUGAGACUGCUUGAAACCAACCCAUUAGGAAACUAAAAAAAUGGAAAAUGAAGGAAAAAAAAGGAGAGAUUUUGGUUUGAAAGAAGCGGAGGAGUCAAGAUCGAACCUCACAAGAUACACCAUUGAGACUGAGUGUUAGUAGUGUGAAGUUUUGUUCUGCUUAAACUAAGCAGUUAAAAACUCUUUUACUUGAAAAGUUAGAAUGCAAAUGGUUGUACGAGGUUCGGGAAUUGACUUCCCCUGCAACAUACUGAAUUAGAAAGAAAAAGUAGGUUAGAAAGUCUUUUUGGAAUCCUUUUUGUGUUACAGUUACUGUUUUUCUUUUCUUGUUGUGGUUAGAUGGAACCACAUCAAGAACUUGGAGUUUGACAUUUCUUUUGGAGUUUUGUAUAAAUAUCUUAUACAAGUAUUGGUUUUUCA